AUGAAAAACAUGAAUCUGUUGUUAUUUUCAUUGUUGUUACUGAACGUUUUCGCUGAGAAAAUCAAUUUGGACACAUUAAAAAACUACAGUGGUUUCUUGAAUUUCGGGGAAAAGAAGGUUAACAAAUUGCAAAAGGAUAAUUUAGAAAAUUCGAUAUUUAAGUCGAAGGUGGACAUACUUGGUGAGUUAUUUAAGGUAAAUGUGGACAUGCUGAAGAAGCACAGUGACUUGGAUCUGGUGUUUUUGGUCGACGCCUCCUCAAGUGUUGGAGCACAAAACUUUCGUAGUGAGCUCAAAUUUGUUAAAAAAUUAUUAAGUGACAUUACUGUUGACUACAACCACACACGAAUAUCGGUGAUAACCUUUAGUUCAUCAUCUGAAAUCAAUAUAAAUAUUGAUGAAAUAAGUCAGCCAUCCCAAGAACACAACAAAUGUUUGCUUUUAAACAAGCAACUGGGCAAAAUAGAAUACAAAGGUGGUGGAACUUAUACACUAGGAGCAUUUCAAGCAGCUAAAGAAAUAUUCGCCAACAGUCACAGAAAUAACACACAAAAAGCUUUAUUUUUGAUAACUGACGGUUACUCAAAUGGGGGUGACCCCGUUCCUUUGUCCAACGAUCUGAAGGACCAACAAAUUCUUAUUUUUACCAUCGGCAUACGUAAUGGCAACUAUAAAGAACUUUACGAAAUAUCGUCGUCUCCUGGAGAAUUCCACAGUUAUUUAUUGGACAGCUUUGAAGAAUUCGAAGGUUUGGCCAGAAGAGCCCUCCAUGUGGACUUGAAAAAUGGGGAGUACGUUCCUUUGGGAGUGAGCAAUCCUUGCGACGGUUUGUGCAAAGAAGGAAAUUGUUGCGACGACAAUGCUGUGUGUUCCUGUGGCACAACCACGGGACAUUAUUCAUGUGUAUGUAAAUUGGGGUAUUAUGGAAAUGGGUUAAGAGGCUCAUGUACAGAAUGUUUCAAUGGAAGUUACUCGAAUGGACCCAACACAUGCUUUCCUUGUCCUGAUAUAAAUCACUAUACGGUUACCCCAGCUAUUGGUGUGGAGAGUUGCAAAUGCAAAAUUGGGUUCCAACCCACUAACGACAAUAAAUGCAAGAUAAUGAAAUGCCCAAAGAUAGAAGUUCCAGAACAUGGGUAUGUAGUCAAAAAAAGAGAAUGUGGAAACGUUUUGAAUAGUGCAUGUGGUAUAAGAUGUGAAGUUGGAUAUACAUUAGUGGGUAAAAGUAUUAGAUUGUGUCAGGCCAAUGCUACAUGGACUGGUACCACACCAAGUUGUGAAGUUAAAGUAUGCAAGUCACUUCCAGUCCCAAAAUUUGGGACAAUGAACUGUUCUCACUCCGACAUAGACAUAGAACCAGAUGCUUUGAAUCUUCCAGUGGACACCACCUGUGUAUUUGAGUGUGAUCAUGGAAACAAUCGCAUAGGGUCAUAUCAAAGAACAUGUUUACCACUAGCACAAUGGGACGGUUUAAGGACUUUAUGCAAACCAAUUAAAUGCCCUAAGCUGCCACAAGUUAAGUUUGGCAAAUGGGAGCCUAAAUCCUGUAACAUAGGUAAACAAGAAUUUAAAAAGAAUUGCACAAUUAUUUGUGAUGAAGGAUUUGAAGUGAAAGGCCCUAAGGAAAAAAUUUGUGGUGGUAAACAUAAUUCAUGGAGCAAUAAACUAGAAGACACUCUUUGCGUAGAUGUUACGCCCCCUGUGAUGAAUUGUCCCUCUAACAUAACUAUUACUACUGAGCCAGGGAAAAAGUAUGGAGUUACUUCUUGGAAAACACCAGAAGUUACUGACAACUCAAAUCUGGACGUUUCUUUAUGGAUGAAGCCUGCAAUAAAAAAUAUAACUGGUUUUAAGUUUCCCAUCGGCAGAACUAAAAUAGAAUACCACGCACAAGAUGGAUUUCAGAAUGCAAUUAAUUGUUCUUUUUAUAUAACAGUUAUUGAUGAGGAAAUACCAACAAUUGAAGGAUGUGUUGAUCCUGAAUCAUUUUUAACAAUUAAUAAAGGUGGUGCCAACGUAACAUGGGAUGAACCAAACAUUAUUGACAAUUCUCAAAAUGUUACUAUUACCAAGUCUCAUAACUUUGGAUUUUUCCCAAUUGGCACCACCACAGUUAUUUAUACAGCAAGGGAUUCGUCCAACAAUACCAACAUUUGCAAAAUUAAUAUCACAGUUGAAGAAGAUCGAUGUGAAGCUCUACCAGAUCCAAUAUUUGGUCACAGCAACUGCUCGAGCGACCCCCAAGGUAUUCAAUGUGUAAUCACCUGCGAAGAGGGCUAUGCUAUACCAAUAAACCAAAAUAUCGAAAAUGUUGAUAACGGCACGAAUUUUUACUGCAACCACGCCAGUCCUCAGUGGAUCACACAAAAUGGCGAAAACUUCCCGGAGUGUUCCGUGACUCAAAUACCUGACGUCACCACAAAAUCCGGAGAGUUGAGUUUAAGAACAGAUUAUUCGUGUGAUAACACUUCAUCAUUACAAACUGAGUUGAAGAAUGAUAUACAAAGUAUACUGUGUGAAAAAGACUGUGAUAUAAAUAUGGAUUAUAAAUGUGAUGAGGAUUUGCAAAAAAUCGAGGAAGAGACCAAUCGAAUUCAAAGGGAUCUGUCUGGUUUUGAGGAAAUGCUACACAGAAAUAAAACAAAGAGAUACAAAUCCAAAAUAAAUGUCAAAUUUCAAGUAAAAGGGAAAUACUUGAGACAAGAGAAUGACACAUUAAUGGAAGUAAAUCGAAGCAGGCAUUAUUUCAUAAAAAUCAACAAAACAAAGUUUGUAUGUCCCAGUGGGUUUGUCCCAAGAAAAAAUAGAUGUGUGCAGUGUCCUAGAGGGAUGUUUCACAAUGUCACAAUAAACAAGUGCGAAGCUUGUCCUUUAGGAUAUUAUAACGAUCAAGUGAGUCAGACAACUUGCAUUUCGUGCCCUAGAAAUUAUUCCACGAGAAAAAUACGUUCAAAAAAUGCUAAAGAAUGUAGAGCUCAAUGUCCACCUGGAACCUAUGCAAGACGUCGAUGGAUAAAGUAUACCCAAAAUGGACAGAAACUAUCUUUGGAACGUGCCUCUCUUAGUCCCCAUUGCAGAUCUUGCGACAUUGGGUACUUUCAACCUGAUUAUGGCAAAGUAAGCUGUUUAAAGUGCUCUGCAGGAUACAUAACAACAGGUUAUCGAUCGCUGCACCAGAAUCAAUGUGUACCAACUGCCAUGGAAUUGUGCAAUUCCAUCAAAAAUAUUUGCAACAACGGUACAUGUAGUGUCAUUAAUGAGUUCCAAUAUAAUUGUAAUUGUUUCGAAGGAUACUAUGGAACAUUUUGCGAAAGGAAACAUUCCCCUUGCGAUUCACAACCAUGUUUAAACAGAGGCCUAUGUGAACCUUCUCAUGAUGGAAUUAACUUUUUCUGCAAGUGUCCUCCUGAUUAUACAGGCAGAUACUGUCAGGAAUCGAGGAUUAGUUGCCCUAUGAAUUGCAUGAACGGCGGCACUUGUAUGGAAUCUGAAGAAAAUGAUUUCAGCUGUUUAUGUCCAGAUAAUUUCGGUGGUGAAUUAUGUGAAGUUCCAUUGAAGUAUUGCACAAAUCAGUUGUGUGAAAAUAACGGCACGUGUGUUGAAGAAAAACAUAACUAUAGGUGCAUUUGUCCAAGAGGAUAUUUAGGAAGGAGGUGCACAAUCUUACCCUGUGAUUAUCAACCUUGCGAUGAAAAAUACGUUUGCGUAAACAUAAUGGAACCAAAUGCUACUAGAAACAGCUACCGUUGCCUUUGUCCCGAUGGAUUCACAGGUCCUACAUGCUCAGAUAGGAUCGACUUUUGUGGUGGUAACCCAUGCUUAAACAAUGGAAGUUGUAUCAGUGAAACUUAUGGAUAUGUCUGUAAAUGUUCAAAACUAUAUUAUGGAGUAAACUGUGAAAUAAAGAAACGAACCAACUAUUUACUAGAAUUCCCCCAGUACGAUACUAAUAACUACAUCAAACUAAAAGGGUUUAGCCAAAAUAUUACAGAAAUUUCUGCUUGUUUAUGGAUGGAAACUACGGAUAGUUUUAACUAUGGAACCUUAAUAUCAUACGCUACAAGAAAACUGGACAACAGUUUCACAUUAACUGAUUACACUGGAUUGAUUUUGUACAUAAAUGGACAAUACGUUGUUACUGACAUUUUAUUAAAUGAUGGGUUCUGGCAUCAUGUAUGUGCAUCCUGGACCAACACAAAUGGGUUCUAUAAAGUCUAUGUUGACGGAAAAUUGGUUAAGAGUGGUUCGGGAUUAUCUCCAGGCUCUCACAUCCAAGGAGAGGGCUCAUUGGUGAUUGGUCAAGAUCAAGAUACCCUUGGAGGGAUGUUUAGCCAGUCUGAAUCGUUUUUGGGCAAGAUGUCCUACAUAGAUAUUUGGUCGAGGGUGUUAACGUUAGAAGAGAUUUUAAGGCAUAUGAAUGAGUGCAACAAUACGGAAAUGGGUGAUUUAUAUGCCUGGCCUGAUAUUCAGUACCACGUAAUGGGUGACAUUAAAAUUUUAAAUUCCACGUUUUGUCAAGGUUGUAAGUCACCCCUUCCCUUAUAUAAUGGUCUAAUUAAUGUAGUCGACAAUGUAGCUUUUUAUUCUUGCUACGUUGGAUAUCGAUUGGUAAAUAAUGUUUAUAAAAAUGGUAGAAAAUGCACAAAAAUGGCAAAUUGGGAAGGGGUCUAUGAACCACACUGUAAAAAGGUUUACUGUGGAUAUCCUGGAUACGUUCGAAAUUCAUUUCCGAUUGGAAGAAACUAUUAUUUCAAAGAUACAAUUACUUAUAGGUGCUAUUCAGGAUUCACAUUAAUUGGCAACAGUUCAAUUACUUGCCAAGCUGACGGAACUUGGUACCCAAACAAACCUAAAUGCAUAGGUCAGUUGUGUCCAAUUUUAAACGCUCCAGAAAACGGUAAAUUGUCAAUAAUCUCUGAAUCUGGCAUAGACGACAAAAAUCAACUGAUGGAGUCGGGUACCCAACUUGAAAUAAUAUGCGAUGAAAAUGCAACGUUAACAGGCGAAAGUGUAUUAACAUGCCUUGAUAAUGGAGAAUGGGAUUUCCCUUUGCCAAACUGCACCAACAAUGAGCUUGUUGCGAAAAAAUUGAUGUGCCCUAUGAAUUUGUUACCUCAACCACCUGCUAACGGUUAUGUGGACGAAGAUUCGCUGAAAUUGGCGAAAAAUGCCAGCACAAAAGUUGUAUUCUACAAGUGUAGGAAUGGAUUUAAUUUAAAGGGCGAUAAUUUUACAACGUGCAUUAUUGAUGGAUAUUGGACCGAGAUAAAUGUUACGUGUGAAGCUGUUGUGUGUCCAAAGCCAAAGAAGCCUCCAUACAUGCAACUAAAACACAAGGAAGAAAAUUUGGGCGUUUACGUAUACGGUAAUAAAAUUACUUACGAAUGCAGGAAAAAGUACAAACUGAUUGGAAACGAUACCAUUCGAUGUCAAGAAAGUGGCCAGUGGUCGAAUACUUUAGGAAAAUGUGUCAAAGUGUGUGACAAACCGAUAAUAAAAAGCACGACGAAAAUAAUAGGAAAUUCAUUUGACGUAGGAAGUUCAAUAACAUUGGUGUGCUCAAGUGGAUCAAAAUACACUUUAUUGUGUAAUAAACUGGGAGCUUGGCAAGGAAGAGGAGACUCGAGCUGCUGAGAAGGAGAAAAGGAAUAUGUAUUUUUUAAUAUUAAAUCGAAUGGAUAUAAACUGUUGUCUAGAAUUUAGUGUGGAUAUAUUACUUAAAUUAAAAAAAAAAAUCUUUGAUGUUUAAACGUUGAAUAAAAAAA